UCAGCCACGGCCAACAUCAGCGGAAGGAGAGUGUGCGUGUUGGUGAAGGCCGAGGUCGUGAUGGACAUGAUAGAGGAUUACUACAGCAAGGAAGACGGAGGCUGGCAGGUGGUGAAUGUGAAGACCAAUCCCAACCGGCAAUCUCACGGGGCAGCCCCGGAUCCGGAGGGUGAGGUCCUGAGGCCCCUCCUGAUUGGCCAAAGCAACGUCCUGCAGCAGUUCCACGUGGAGCAGCUCUCACGCCACCUGCCCCCGCGCACUGUGGGUUACCCGUGGCAACUCAAGUACGGGACGGCAACGCACGGCACAAGCCUGCGCACGCUGUACCGCACGCUGGCGCCGCUCAGCUCGCCCGUCCUGCUCGCCGUGCAGGACACGCACAAGCAGGUGUUUGGGGCCUUGGCCUCGGAGCCGUUCAAGGUCAGCGAACAUUUCUACGGGACCGGAGAGUGCUUCCUGUUCACCUUUAACCCCGACCUCAAGGUUUUCCGCUGGACCGGAGAUAACACGUUCUUCAUCAAGGGGGACCUGGAUUCACUGGGGAUGGGAAGUGGAAGGGGAGCGUUUGGCCUGUGGCUCGACUCGGACCUCUACCACGGGCGCAGCCACCACUGCGACACGUUCGGCAACGCUCCCCUCUCCACGCAGGAGGACUUCUCCGUGAACCAGCUCGAGGUGUGGGCGUUCCUGUGACGGGUAGCAAUCCCUGCUCCGACUCCGACCGGCCCCCGACGCACUUGGACUCUCCCGUGCUUCCGCUCGGCUGUUGCCGCACACAGGAGCACGCCACUGCAGUGGUGCGGUGUGGGAGGGGGGGGGGGGAUGGCGGGAAAUGGGUGGAUCGGUGCAUUAUCUAGUUAGCUUAUGUAGUCAGUACGAUGUAUUGUCAGUGAGUGACUGAAUGAAUGGCGUGUGCUGAUCUUUAAGCAAGUUCUCAAUGGCCUAAAGCCACAGACCGUUCUAGUGAAUGGUUUGAGGCUACUAAGUCCAUGUGCAUACAUACGUACAACAACAAAAAUACAACUACCAUGAUAGAACAACAAUAACAGCUGCCGUUCACCAUGCAGUGGCGGGGACAUCACCCACAGCACUUGUGCAAGGCUCGGUGCAAUUGUAGGCCACUUUAAUACAUGCGUACAAAGACAAAGAUUCCCCCAAUACAUGAUUUUGGGGCAAGUGCUCUUAGCGAGAACCUAUUAAGGCCGGCACGUUAAUACGAGAGGGUGGUGUGGCCAUCAACUACGCCCGGCCAGUCGUGAUGUUUACGCACCAGGUACUCAUUUGAGGCCGAGUCAACCUAGGGGAGAGCCCAGGAGCGGUAUAGAUAAUCGUCACUGUUGUUGGUGGCUAUGAGUAGGAAUCAAACUCGGGUCGCCGGGUUCGUAGCACAGCGCUUACACCACUGCUCCCCACACUUUCCCAUACGCACACACACGCACGCGCGUGCAUGCACAGGUACAAUUGAAACGCAUAGAUUCCCGUAUCUACACGCGCACAAAACAGAUACACAUGUGCCUACAAACAUAUGUUAUACUUUUAUGUAGCUGAUACUUCUAACCAUAAGUUAGAACAACUAGACUUAAAAAAUAUAUAUUUAUUCCAGCGAGUGAUGGCGUUAUUAGAUACUCCUAACCGUAGAUUAGAACAACUAGACUUAAAAUAAAAUGUUUAUUCCAGCGAGUGAUGGCGUUAUGAUGCAAGCAAGCAGGUGGGCGAGUGAUAGUAGUGGCUGCGAAUCGAUGAAUAUAUACACGUCGAUUAACAUUUGCUGAUGAGUAUCGAGCGGGGAGUUGUGAUCCAGGGGUCACCGGGUCAAAUUGACCCCCCGGUGCGACGGUUGAAACGAUGGGACAAGCGUUUUCCUUUUCUUCUGUAGUCCCCCGACCUCGGUUCGCUCAGCAGUGUGCGAACGGGUUACACCGGAGUUUGUCGAUUGGCAGGUCACGUGCGGUGUGGUAAAGUGUGGGGUCCUCCCACCUCUCCUCAGACGUCGGACCUGUAUGAUCGAAUAGGCCGAUAAAUACCCUCCGUCGUGGCUGUGAAAGAGGGGCACGCUUUGGCUGGGAGUUUGUAUUUGUUGGCGUUUAGCGCUAGUGGGUUGGAGAGUGAGGCGCGUUUAGUUGACGCAGUAUUAUUUUUGUUAAUUAUAUUUUAAUUCCAAAUUUUCUUUUCAGCUUUGUGGUACCAGAUGGGGGGAGAGUCUUGUGUGGAACUCUCACAGAGCAUCGCCUCAGCCCCCGCCCCCGCCUUCCCCCACCCCAUGUGUUAGGGCACAGCCCACAAGAAGGGAAUAUUUAUCAAAAACCCGAGAUCAUUUCAAGUGGCCCCACGCUUUCAUGCCACGUUUUCCUGCUACAGAGAAAUUUAAAAAAAUUUUACGCACGGCGGUCAAGAUGAUCGUUUACAUUUUUUUUGGAAUUCUCAACAGUUGGAAUUUUGUUUCCAUGUUGAGCGCAGAAUCCACAUUGGACACAUGCUUUUUUGGGUUAGAUCCCGUAAAUAUAAAUGUGUCAUUGAACCCGCCACCACCCAACACACACAGCCAAUUAGUCAGGCUUUGUGAUGUUAACAAAGCAUGCCAAUUAGUGACUAGUCCAGCACACACCGGUUGUGUGCUGGAGAGUAAACCCACUACAACAUUUACAAUUCUAAUACAGUGAUGUUUCGCCGAUUUAAUUAUAACCAGCCUCGUCAGGCGACAACCAUAAUUGUGCAGAAAUCCUCCUCCUGUGUUUCGGUCUUAGAGGGAUAAAUGCGACGUCAUCACUUGUGAGUGCGAAGACCAGAGGGGGAGGGUGAAUGUUUGCAUAGAAAUUACUAUGGAUGUCUGUUAUUGGUUGGGUUAUUCACAGUUAAUCAGCAUACAUAAUGUUUGUAUAUUGUGUGUACAUUAUGUAUGUACAUUCUGCCGUUUUUUUUUUGAGUCCAAAAAUCUCAAUACAUGUUAUUGGCUUCUCACCACCACCAGUGUUAAACCAAACUACAGUAUUUUUCCAGUGGUUUUAUUUUAUUUUAGCAGGAAAGGCCCUCUUGAGUUGUGUCGCUCUUUUUCUAGAAGCGACCUGGCAAUCACAAAUUAUAGCUCAAAGAAGUGGCUUAUAAUGCGGACAUUUAAAGCAGCCAAAUGCUCUUAAGCACACAUUGAUUCUAAAAAUGUGGAGGGGAAACCAGAGGACCUGGAGAAAAAUCCACGUGGCCACGGGGAGAGAGAGCAAGACACAAAAACUCCAAAUAUACAGCAGGCGUAAGGGUCGGCAUCGAACCCGCAACCUCCGUGUACACCAGGCGAGGAAGAUGACAUCUCGCCACUGCGGCAGCUGAAGCCCAGAAUCAGACCCCAGAUGCCAUCGGUGGCAGCUCUACAAAAUCGGAAUAUUUAUACUGGAGGAAUCCAAUGAGCUUAUUAAGCUCUUUGUUCCACAGAUGUCCAGUCGUACGUUACGUGGGCCCAGCGAUCAAAGCUUCGUCCAGAUUUGGGCCAACUUCAUUUUUGUACGACAGACAACGGGGCAAUGACCGCCAGCAACGACCGCCCUAACGUUGCCACGGUUACGCAGCUGCAGCUCUUCGUUACGUGGAACGCACACACGUUUACGCACGCACGCGCACCGAGAUCUCAAAUCUUAAUUCGCAUCGCCUCUAUUAACUUAAUCCUUAGUUUGUUGUCCUUCCCUCGCACCUCCGCCGAUUCUCGCUGUUGGAUACGUACGGUGCGAAAGAAAUUCAACAUGCACACAAACAUCAUCGCUUACCGUGUCACGUGGGGGACGUGUGUAACAAUCAUCGGGCGCGUGCGGCGUGCGACGAGUUGAUUCGAAAUGGGAGGAGUCGAUUGGUUAAAGCGGAAAGACGGAGCGUGGGUUGGGGGAGGGGAGGAUUGCGAGGACUUGAGUUUGGGAAACCCGGGCGUUACGGGAAUGUGACCAAUAGGUGGUUCAGCACGACCCCUCCCCCCCCCACACCUUCCAUUAUACACGUAACUCACGUGACCAUAAAGAGCCAAUCAAAAGCGAGGGCCGUACAUUUAGCUCGCUGCGAGAACAUGGCAGCAAUUGGUGGGGUGGUGGGAGGUGUCAAGAGCUAAACAUUUGUUAACGUGUUUUCACUGAAACGGGAACUGAAAAGAAAUAGUGAUUUAAGCGUUGUGGGAAGAGCUAAGCAACGCCGCAACUCCACUUUUAUUUUAGUUUCGAACAUUUGCUUCGUUAUUUUCCACCAAUGUUAUUUCGAUUUGUCGCUAUCGGCGUUACGUCGGCGGUGCCACCUCUCCGUGUUGGGGGGAGCUGCCCCUGCGGAAAGCGGACACCUGGGAGCUACUGCUGACAAGCCGCUCCCCCCCCCCCCCCCUUCUUCAAGCGACCCCCGCUCCACGCAGCGUGCGAGACCGACCGCGAUCGCUAUCCCCACUGCGCUGUGCGUGCGAGGGUGAUGUCCGUCGCGUAGGCAGUCCCAACCCGUAUAUGAACUGAAACGUAACCAAAUCGCGCAACGCAACGUCUUUUCGACGCGACGGUAGCAAAAGGCUUUUUGCCGCACCGUUACAUUUCAGAGCGGCGCUCGCCCCCCCCCCCAGCGCGAAUGGGUCGACGGUUCUUCGGUUCUUCGCCGUACGUAUGUUGAACUUCUUUUUCCACCGCACAUAGCCAACUGUGCUAAUCUAUUAAUCAUUCAUGACUCUAAAGGAAGCAUUCUCUACCCGGUGAAUCAUUCUCCACUCUCGGAGAGAGAGAGAACGCAAAAACUGUGCACGUGGCAAAAAAUCCUCAAUGAUCUUACAAGUUGUCUUUCGUACUGCACGGUGAGAUUAGCGACAUGACGUGUGGAUAUAACAUCGACCCCCGCCGUGCAUUCGAUGUGAAUAUUGGCAGUGGUGGUGACGUCGUACCGCAGUGUUGCCCUUCGAAGAUCAGUCUAACACGACCACUAGAGUGAGCUCUCUGUCUCUAGCAAGCGUGUGGACGAAUACUAAACCAUUAAACCAUUUUUAUUCUACCAGGUACGGUCCCACUGAGCUGCGUGUAACUCUUUUUCUGUAGCGACCUGGCUAUCGGCAAUAGCUCAACGAAGUGGCUCAUCAUCACGUGCACAUUUACAGCAGCCAAAUGCUCUAAACGCAAGAUGUUGAUUCUAAAUGCGGAGGGAAAAACUGGAGGACCCGGAGAAAAAAAUCCACACGGCCAUGGGGAGAAAGCGAGAAAGAGGCACGCAAACUCCAAAUAUACAGCAGCAGGCGUCAGGGUCGGGUUCGAACCCACGACCUUCUGUAUACCAGGCGAGGUAGUUAACAUCUAGCCACCGUGAUGAUGAUGAUGAGAGAGAGAGACACGCAAACUCCAAAUAUACAGCAGCAGGCGUCAAGGUCGGGUUCGAACCCACGACCUCCUGUAUACCAGGCGAGGUAGUUAACAUCUAGCCACCGUGAUGAUGAUGAGAGAGAGACACACGCAAACUCCAAUAUACAGCAGCAGGCGUCAGGGUCGGGUUCGAACUCACGACCUCCUGUAGACCAGGCGAGGUAGUUAACAUCUCCUAGCCACCGUGAUGAUGAUGAUGAGAGAGAGACACACGCAAACUCCAAAUAUACAGCAGCAGGCGUCAGGGUCGGGUUCGAACCCACGACCUCCUGCACACCAGGCGAGGUAGUUAACAUCUCCUAGCCACCGUGAUGAUGAUGAUGAGAGAGAGACACACGCAAACUCCAAAUAUACAGCAGCAGGCGUCAGGGUCGGGUUCGAACCCACGACCUCCUGCACACCAGGCGAGGUAGUUAACAUCUCGCUACUGGGGAUGCUCCCGCCGGGCCUACUAGGAGCCCCGGGCCUGGCUCCGCCUCCCAGGUCGUGGUCGGACGUUGGAUUCGUAAUUUUCCCAGAUUGUUUUGUACGUGUUGGAAGUCGGUCGCAGUAUUAUAACAGUAAUCAUUUCAAAAUUGGGUUUCAAAUUAAUUGAGUUUCCGCCCGCACAGCGUGGGGAAGGCAUCGUCCAGUAAGUUUACAAGAGGGCUCUCUCCCAUGUUCCAUCUCAUUAAAUCAUAUUUGAUGUGGUUUCAACCCUGUCUCGUCCCAUACAGAACUCCCCCAUCUUAUCCCACACAGAACCCUCGUCUGAUCUCACGCAGAACCCUCAUCUCAUCCGAAGCUGCAGCAUCACCAGAACAAUUUGUCAUCUCUUUUUCUAUAUGGAGGAGGCGGAGGCUGCGUUAGUGAUGAAUAAUGUUGGGUUUGAUUGUUGUCUUUCAGUAUUGGAUUGGACGGAUUUUGUUGUAAUCUUGCUACGCGUACUUAGUAACACGCACUUAGCACACCCCCCCCACCCCACCCCCGUUUUUUAUACUAAUAUAAUUUAAUCGCAUUGCUAUAUUAUUUUAACUAUUGUUGUUAUGGUAGACAAAUGAAUCUUGACACGCAACCACUCAAGGUGUAAAUGCGUCGCGCGUCGCCGCACCGUUGCUUCUGUUCUGGGCUCGCCGUUUUGGUUUGUGGAUCGAUUCCGAAGCUCAGCAUUGCGGUGGAUGUAGCGGUCUCUCGUGGCUGGCUGGCGGGUGGGCGAGCGCGGGCUUCACGUUUAAGCACUUAAGCAAAUAAAACACAUUUCUAUUUUACCAGGUAAGCGCACUGAGCUAUACAGCUUUCUUUUUAUUUUUUCAAAAGCUACCUGGCCACCGCAAACGAUAACAGCUCAACGAAGUGCCCUAUCGUCGUCGUCGUGUGGAAACUUAUAGCAGCAGCCAAAUACUCUGAACGCGUGAUCCUGAUUCUAAAUGUGGAGGGGGGUAAAAAACCGGAGGACCCGGAGAAAAAAUCCCACGCGACCACGGGGGAGAGAAAGCGACACGGAAACUCCAAAUACACAGCAGCAGGCGUCAGGGUCGUGAUCGGACCCACGACCUCCUGUAUACCAGGCGAGGUAGUUAACAUCUCCUAGCCACCGUGAUGGUGAUGAGAGAGAGAGACAUGAAAACUCCAAAUACACAGCAGGCGUCAGGGUCGGGAUUGAACCCGUAAACUCCAGCUAGUUAACAUCCCGCCACCAUGGAGCCCCUUGGUGGUUACGGGCGCGUUGUUUGACCAUACUUCACCCGCACUGGUUCAGUGCGGGGUUGGCGAAGGUUUAAGCGGGGGCCAGGGUCCAGGACUGGUUCCGAUUUUGCUCUCCACUUGGCGUUGGCCCUGGCCAGGAAUCGAACUCGUGUCGCCACCGUUGGUAGCGCGGCCGCGCCAACCGCUGAACCCCACCGCUCCCACGCCGCGCAAAAGAAAUGCGCUCACUUCUACGCCCACCCACACUGGCACCGGGGUGGCGAAGUGUGGCCGAAUGCACCCCGCAGGCUUGCAUGGCGUGGGGAGGCCAUCAUCUAGCAGUGGAUUGACAAAGAGGCUGCACGUGAUCAGAGCAGAGGUCGCAACCGGGUACCCGAUACCCGGCUACCCGGCCGGGUACGGGUAGCCGUUUGCGACCCUGGUGCGGCCGGGUACGGGUAGGCCGUGAGUCACUGGUGAGUAACCGUUUGUCACUCAUUUCGGGUAGGGAACGGGUACCCGUACCCGGCUGGGUACUGGUGCGGCCGGGUACGUGUACGGGCAAGGAAUCAAAACCCGUUUGCGACCUCUGGAUCAGAGGGGGGGGGGGGGGGGGGGAUGGUGGUGCAGUGGUUAGCACGCCGCGUGACCAAUUGAGGUACAAUUCUGGCAACGGCUCACAUCAGUGGCGACGGAUAUCUGAACGGAUCCUGCUUGCCACUCUCCACCAGCCCCUUCAUCAACCCUCAUUGACCUGCAUGGUAAAGUAUGGUCAAGCACCAGUGGUGGACUGAUCAGAAACUAAACCGAACAAAGAAGUUUUGAUCGUCACAGUUCAUGCUACUUGGCCGGACGUUCCGGAACACGGCCGCUCGGAAUCAAUGGAAGUAACGAGAGUGAGGCGGGUGAGUUCAACGAGAGAUGGAACAAAUGAUUGUUUGAAAUAAAACUCCCGUUAUUUUUAUACGGCACGAUAAACGGAAAGAAAGAUGUCCCGUGU